AUGCAAGAGUCAAAAGACCCAAAAAAAUCGAAAAAACCCGCAGAAGCUGCCAUUGAGACAUUGAAGCGCCUAAACCGGUACAACCCCCUGGUAGAGGCUGUUAGAAAGGAGAUUGACAAUAUAAAAGGCACAGCAACCCUUUCUGAAAAGUACAGAAAAGCGUGCGAAAUACUCGAAAAUGUCCUCACAAAAGAAGACAUAGCAGAAAUUGAAGAAAGCACUAAAAGAAUUAAAGAAGAGAAUUUUUAA